AUGACAUAAAACGAUGCAUAAAGAGGAGAGGCAGGGAACCAGAGAGAGAACCAGAGAAUCAGAGGGAGAACCAGAGAGAACCAGAGAACAAGAGAGAACCAGAGAACCAGAGAGGGAGAGACGCGUUCACGUCAGACACUACAUUCAGAGACAGAUAUUUGCGGGAUCAUUCCUCCUCGGCUGUGUUUUCUCCAUCGCGCAUACAGAACCGUGACCGGCAUCAUCUGUGACGAACACGAUGAGACGCGUGGACGCGCACGGACACGAGCAGAGCUCUGUAGAUGUCACAUCCUCAUGCCACUGAUCGACACGAGGUGAGACCGGCCGCGGAGCGCGGAGCGCGGAGGAGACGCGACGUGACGCGCGGAGCGCACUCCGGAGACGGUUGGGUUCAUUUCCUUCAGGGCUGCUGUGAGGUCGGGUCGAUCGGGGGACUGGAGCCGCAGUGCCAGUAUGGAUGGACGUGGUGGCCUGCUCGGCGUGCGUCGCCCUCCCAGGAGCUGGUGCUGCUGGAAGGUCUUCCUACUGCUCAGCAUCUUCUUCCACAACUACCUGAGCCUGCUGCUCGACUGCCCGCCCAUCUGCGUCUGCUCGCCCACAGAGAUCUACUGCAACAAGUCCGACAGCAGCAACUUCUUCCCCCUGUUGUCCUUCCAGGGCAGCGGCAGCGGCGGCAACACCACCGGGGACUUCGAGGACCUGUUCCAGAACAUCACCUCCAUAUACAUUGACAAUUGGACCGGUCUGCAGACCCUGAGGGACGUGGAUAUGGAACUCUACACCGGCUUAGAGAGGCUCACUAUUACAAGGAGCAACCUGCAUACAAUCCAUGCUCGUGUCUUCUCCAAGAACCCCCACCUGCGCUACAUAUACCUGUCCAAGAACCCAAUGUUGACCACAUUGUCCUGGCAGAUCUUUGAACAGCUGCAGCUCUUUGAACUUCAUUUAGAGGAGGUGGAGUUCGCCUGUGGCUGUGAGAUCCGCUGGCUGCAACUAUGGCAACAGAGAGGAGAGGCGGGGCUAAGCGGCCAACAGUUACACUGUACUGAUGGCUCCAGGAAGAUUCUGUUGCACGAUAUGAACAUUAGCAGUUGUGAUUUGCCGGAUAUCAGCGUCAGCCACAGCAACCUCACAGUGGUCGAGGGUGAUAGUGUAACAGCCAUCUGCAACGGCUCUGGAUCCCCGCUACCUGAGGUGGACUGGGCCGUCAACGGCCUGCACUCCAUCAAUGCACAAGCGGCCAAAGUCUGCGACAACAACACCAUUCAUUCCAUCAACAUAACUUUGGUCAAUGUGAGCAGAGACGACAACAACUUCCUGUUGACCUGCACCGCCACCAACGUAGUGGGCAUGACCAAUGCUUCUAUCCAGCUAACUGUUCAAUUUCCUCCCUCCAUUGUGAAGCUGACGGAGCCAGAACGACGCCAUGACACGUGUAUAGAAUUCACGGUGCGAGGUUCACCACACCCAACCUUACGCUGGUUCUACAAAGACAAGGAAAUCUCCCACACUGAUUAUGUGCGACCUCAUAUGGAUAUUUACCAGGACUAUGUCGAGGGCUGCCUCACCUUUAAAAACCCAACCCACCACAACAAUGGCAACUACACCUUGGAGGCCACCAACUACCUGGGUGUGGCCAAUAGCACUGUGUACGGGCAUUUCCUCGACAAGCCCUUUGAUGGUCCAGAGACAGAUUAUGAUUAUGUGACCCCGACUGCAGAGACUCACAAGCCCGAGGACGAUACUUUUGGCGUCUCCAUAACAGUUGGACUGGCGGGGUUUGUCUGUGUGAUGCUGGUGGUUCUCUUCCUCCUCAUUAACAAGUAUGGACGGCACUCAAAGUUUGGCAUGAAAGGACCAGUAGCCGUGAUCAGUGGUGAGGAAGACUCUGCCAGCCCCCUUCACCAUGUGAACCAUGGGAUCAUCAGCCCCUGCACACUGGACGCAGGGCCAGAUGCUGUUGUGAUCGGAAUGACCAGGAUCCCCGUCAUAGAGAACCCACAGUAUUUCAGACAUGGACACAACUGUAACAAACCCACCACCUAUGUUCAGCAUAUUAAACGGCGGGACAUUAUUUUGAAAAGGGAGCUGGGAGAAGGAGCUUUCGGCAAAGUCUUCCUGGCUGAAUGUUACAACCUGAGUCCCACCAAGGACAAGAUGUUGGUAGCUAUAAAGAAUCUGAAAGACCCCACUCUUGCAGCCAGGAAAGACUUCCAGCGUGAGGCUGAGUUGCUGACAAACCUCCAGCAUGAGCACAUAGUGAAGUUCUAUGGAGUGUGUGUGGACGGAGACCCACUCAUCAUGGUCUUUGAGUACAUGAAGCAUGGAGAUCUCAAUAAGUUUCUCAGAGCCCACGGGCCAGACGCCCUGAUCCUGGUGGAUGGUCAGCCUCUACAGACCAAUGGGGAGCUUGGUCUGUCCCAAAUGCUUCACAUAGCGAGUCAGAUCGCAGCUGGUAUGCUCUACUUGGCGUCUCAACACUUUGUGCACCGUGAUCUGGCAACCAGGAACUGCCUGGUUGGGAAUGGCCUGCUGGUGAAGAUAGGAGACUUUGGCAUGUCCAGAGACAUUUACAGCACAGAUUAUUACAGGGUGGGAGGUCACACCAUGCUGCCGAUCCGAUGGAUGCCUCCAGAGAGCAUCAUGUACAGGAAGUUCACCACAGAGAGCGAUGUGUGGAGCUUUGGAGUCAUUCUGUGGGAGAUCUUCACUUAUGGCAAACAGCCCUGGUUCCAGCUGGCUAACAAUGAGGUGAUAGAGUGUAUUACUCAGGGCAGAGUACUCGAGUGCCCCUGGCUCUGUCCCAAGGAAAUCUACGAUAUGAUGCGGGGCUGCUGGCAGAGAGAGCCACAACAACGCCACAACAUUAAGGACAUUCAGAAGAUGCUGUUUGCUCUGAUGAAAGCCACACCAGUCUAUCUGGAUAUACUGGGAUAGAAAUUGAUUCAAGAGAAUAGAACGUUGGAAGAAAUCAUUACUGGGAUAGAAAUGAGUACAGGAAAUGGAUUGCCUUGGAGCAAAAGUCUGGCGUCUUUGAUGGAGCCAUGUGAAUCAGAAUUAGUGGAUGAACUGUACCUUGUAUCCGACUGCCUGAGAUAUAAGCAUUAGAAUGACCUCACUUAAGUUGAGUGAUGUGUGUUCAGCUGACUUGAAAGGAAUUGGAUAAACUGCGUUGUAUCACAAUAUUAAGGAAAUGAAAAGCAAAUGUCUUUGACCUUCCAUACGUGAUUUGGUCUGGUUUAGUUUACUCAGAUCUCGCUCCUGCUGAAAGAACUCAUGACUAAAAGGACUUGACUAUGAAAUAUGGAUGGCAUCAAACUGAAUCAACUGGAUUAACCUGAUUGUUUGGAUCGGAUAUGGUUCUGUAUUACUAUCCUAUUAACUUAGGUACAUCCAUUUCCUACUGUAGGCUAUGCAUAAUCAUCUCACGCUGUCAAGAUCAGUGAUCUUUGGUUCUAUCAUAGUUUUGAUAAAGCCUGGCCAAGUCUUUUAGAGUUUGCCUUGGCAAUGAAAAGGAAAUAUCUGUUCCUAGAUUAUAUUAAUUUUAUAUAUUUUAGCUGUGUUGAUUGGUAAAUCAGUCAUGGAUUUGUUUGGCUACGUUUCACAAAUUCUAAAUUUGAGCCAUCUUACUUGUUAAGACUUAUUUGGCUUAUAUAAUUUCCUGUUGUAGAUCUAGAAGCACAUGGCAAUCAUACAAGGAGGACUUGCACACUAUCUAAAGAAAUCUCUGCUCUGUUUUUUUAAAUGCUGAUGCUCAAGUAUUCUAGGAUAUCUUACCAACGCUUGUCUAUUUGACUUAAUUUUACACGUCUUGGGCCGCAAUUAAAAUUCAUCGACCAGAUUUAACUCAGUGCCUCUAAUUAGGGUUGGGCCAGUGUAAAAAAAAUAUCAAACUGGUUUGAUAUUAAGGCAAAACACCAGAGUGGUAUACAGACUUUUACCACUGCCGUGUGCCAUGUUGGCACAUCUUUAAAAUUUAGGCUCUGUUUUUACAAUGUGAGGCACAUGGUUCCUUGACCACUAGUGUCUUGAUUAAUGAUGGGUAUGUUUUGGGUGUAAUUUGAUAUUAACCAAUCAGAGUUCCAUUUCACAAUCCCUUUAAACAACAGCUGUACUUGCACCUGGUAGAUUAAAAUGGUUUUAGAAGGUGGUAAGAAAAGCAUAUGCAUCUCUGCAGAGGAAACAGAUCUACUCGCACCCAUGCACAAAGUGAAUGCGAGCAUGAGCACAAGCAGACCAUCUGUAUGUGUAACCAGCUCACUCUGUACAAUCAUUGUGCUCCCAUCUGUAGGUGCAUGUUACUAUCUUGGUAACAUGCACCUACUCAGCCGUCGCUAAACCUGGAUCUGUGAUUCCAGUCAUGCAUUGAAGCCCUUGAAAAUAGUUUUAUUCCGUUGAUCAAACAUUACAGUAGAUUUUGGAUCCUCUGUCUAUCAUCAGCUGACCUACCUCUCACUACUUGGGGCGUGUGCAGUCUCUCCUCUCCUCUCCUCUCCUCUCCAACUCUCUCACCAGUCGGUCCCAGCAGAUGUUUUGGUUUUUGUUAGAAAUUUCAUCUGUUAAGAGUUUUUCUCCUCCACAUUUUCAGAGUGGAUCAUUGUGGGACCUGUUGGGUUUCUCUGUAAUAUUAUGAGGUCUUGACCUCACUAUGUAAAGUGCCUUGAGAUAAUGUAUAAUGGCGCUACACAAAUAACAUUUAAUUGAAUUGAAGUGAGGGAGACAGACGGAGAGAGAGCGAGAGAGAGUACACCAAUGCCUUGUUCUUGAAGCUAGAGAAGAGUUCCCUCCCGUUGGUGAAGCAGCACAUGAAUCAUCGUGUAUCGCUUGCUGUGGUGUGUGUGGAAUAGUGCAAAAAUCAUUCUCUUUUUAUCAAGUCUAUAAAAUAUGAUAUGAUUUCUGCAAAGGGGUAAGCUCCAGAUGUUUCAAGAUCCUAACAAUGCCUCUGGUGCCCACAGUGAUUUAUGAGUCAAAUUGCUGUCCACUGAUUUAAGAUUGCAAUGAACCCGGCCACACCUCAUUUUAGGACCAACCAAUGGGUGCAAGUGCAUUUGCUGUUUAAACUAAAUGGAAGCUGGACUGGAACAUUACAAACGCAUUGAUCUAAACCUAGGAAAGAUGUGUCGACUCACCAUAACCCCAAAAACUGUCAAGUCAACAGACACAACGUUCACUGUGCAUCUUUCACCUGCCUCCACUGAAACGUGAUGUUGCUGGACUUGACUCAGUUAGUCAAUUUAUAACACAUAUAUUAUAAUAUAUAAUAUAAUUUUAAUCACAUUGUCAUAUAGCUUAUUACCAAGGACAUAACACUCUCAACACAGGUCGCUGAUGAAUGCUCAUUUUUACUUUGCCUGAACCUGUCGAUUCAGCCUGUUGGCAUCAAAAUGGUUUAGACUCCUAUACUGGAAAUCAUCACAUUGUCCCACUGAGCACUGCUCCUCGGCAAGCACCUGACCACACCGUCCACUCCUGAGCCUGGGGACUGGACUUAAGUGCCUCCUACUUCUCUCUAAACACGGAACCCUGGGAAAAUAGUAUUUCAAAAUAAGAGCACAUUUACAUAAUGUUUACCUGCUUAUACUAUCCUCAUUUUCAAAAAUGCACGAAGCAAAAUUAUUUUGUACCCUUUGCAGAUUAAUAGAAAUGUCUAACUACUCAAGGUGUUAAGAUGGUGUUAAGAUGUACUGUUUUAAAUAUAUAUUCUGUAUAUAUUUUUAAUUUAUUUUUACCUAAAAUCAAAGUGUGGGCCUCUGCCAUGCUCCAAAGCCAUUGGAAUAUUGUAUUCUUUAAGAAAAAUAUAAAAAGGUACGUGUUUGUGUAGUGUACUUUCAUCAGGCAUGAUGGAACAACGAGAGCUUCAUGACAACAGGAAGUUUGAACUGACAGGGGAACAAUGGGAAUACCAGUCCAUGAACAAAACAUUGUUACUUAAAGAAUGUAUAUACUGAAAAUCUCUGCAUUUUGAGAUCUGUUAACUUAUUUCCAUUGUUUUAUGUUUUAGCUUCUGGUUCUGUUUCCAUAUGUGGUAGCCAAAAGAUAUUUUGAUAUUCUUUCUUUCUAUUGAAAUAUACUGAUAGUAUUUACUUUUUAACGACACAAUCAGUCUUUAAAUAAUUUCAAUUUAUUGUAAUUGUAGUUUCCUUUCAUUUGAGGGGAAUGUAUGAGUCAGGACAGUAGAUGAAAGAUGUAAAAUAAACAGAAAAGAAACACGAAAAAAUGGAAACACUGUCAACCCUUUUAGGAACAGUUCAACAAUAUGUUAGUUUUGAGUCACAAAGGUGAAAAGUGAACAUUCCAUGAAUUAAACACAUUUUUAUUUUGGCCAUUUUGCCAUAAUUUAUUUCAAUUUUGGUCUUAUUUUAUCAAACAAUUCAAUUUUGAAAUUCAUUCUAACACUUAACACAGCUUUGCCACAUAGUUUGCAAUUCAUUAUGAUCAGCAAGGUCAAACUAGGAAAAAUAAUUCAACCCUGGCAAUUUUGUUCGGACCGGCCCUCACAUCACACAUGUAUAACAGCAGUCUUGAACCCCCGAACUCCGGCAAGGAGGCUAAAACCCACGUGUCCACCGCUAGUACGUCUCUUAAAGCAUCGGGGAGUGAGGUUUACACUCUGCAUAGCACUCGAAUGACUAUCCACCGUUACAUAUACACAGCAAUAUCAGGCUAUUUAAACCACAAAAUAGAUAUUAAGUUGCUGUAGGAACCAUGGACAGCACUGUUUUGGAUGGACAGAUCCACUUGGAUGGGUGGGAGGAGGGGGAGACUGUAGCACUGACUGCACCUGCCCAUACAGUAUAGGUAGCCUAUUUGUAACCCCAGUCAGAUGUGCCGUUCCAACAUCCAGUGGGCCGCCCGCAACAGAGUUUUUGUUUUCAAAGAAAGGCUCUGGCUGCAGUAGACAUAGAAAAGUCGGCCGCAACCGGCGCAGGGUUAGGGUGAAACCACCUCUUGUGGUUAAUUCUUUUGUGUAAGAAAAUUAGAGGAAUCAGAAUAAUGAAAGCAUAACACAGAGCUACUAGAUAAAAGGAUAGAUCAUUAUACAGAAAUAUGUGUCCUAUUAAAAUAUAUUUCCACCAAAGUUUGAUUAAAACCAAGGCUGCAUAAAUUUUAAUCUAUAUUGUUUUUUAAUCCAGACAAUCUGUGUCACUGCACUGUACCUUUGCUCAGUACCAUUGUUCCAAAACACCAGGACUGAUAUCAUUGCCAUCAACAUAGUGACAUUAUAAAUUUGAUGUAUUAUGUUCUUAAUAACAUAAAUAACAAUCAGAUAUUACAUGAAACUUGCGCUCAAAAGUGAAAUGUCCUUUCUCAGGUGUACAAGUGUUUAAUCUGUCUGAACAUUUUUCUGUCCCUCAGCUUUCUUUCAUUACAUGACACUUUUGUCCAAAGUGACUUAGAACCAUGGAGGCAGGUACAGCAGCAUUAAGGGCCUUGUAUAGAUUGUUGUCUUAGAACUAGUUUCUCAAAAACAUGUUUGUGCUCCAACAUUUGAACUACAAAUGUUUAUGAUAUUUAAGUUGUACUGGUUUGAAAUGUAUCAAGAUUGAAUAGAUACAAACAGAUGAUCGUGUGGGUAAAUCUGAUCCCAAUGCUUUUCCCAAAUCUGCUAACACUUGAGUUUUUUUCUAAAUGAUUUGUUCAUGUAUAAAUUACAAUUACAAUGUCAGGAUAUAAUUGACCAUAGUUAUCUUACAGCAGAUGGCUCAGGGUGCAAACCAGUAUCUUCCCUUCUAAGCCCUUUCAAGAAUUACUGUAUGAUACUGAAACUACUACUUUCAUUGUAAUUGUCUGAUUUCAUAUUUAACCGCAAACCCAUUUACAUCGCUUCCUGUCUUUCCCAGUAUAGAAGAAAUGUUUGGUGCAUAAAAAUGGAAAAGAAAAGAA